AUGUUAAGAUAUAUGAUCAUCACAGUGGCAAGCUUUGUCUUCUUGCAAGUUGGUCAGCAAACUUUCGAAGUCAUGGUAGUGUACGAGGAGGCGAUUGAGAUACCAUUGGUGGACGACGAUGAGGAUGAUGAGGAAGAUGACAGUGUUGAAGAGCAAGAUCACGGGCAUAAUCAAGAACAGGACACUGUUAAGGAAGAAGACGAUGAUGAGGAAGAUGAAGCUAAUUUGCAGGUACCUGAGAUAUCCAGAAGCGCUACUGCUACCCCUUUGAGUCACAGAAACACGGUAGACGGUGAGCAAGAUGAAGAUUACGAAGAUGAAGAGGUAAAAAGUAGUGAAAGAGCGAGAAAGCACGCAAGAGCUGACCAGUCGAAGGCGCCCCCGGGCAAAAAAGUUCCAUUGCAUCUGCUCGAGAAAAGGAGGCUGGGUAGAAUCAAGGCAGCCGAAGAGUUUGCGAAAAAGCUAAAGCAAAUCGGUAUCGAGAAAGUUGAGAACACAACCCUGCCAGCUACCGGCUUAUUUCAACCAGUCUUGCUUAUCAAUCAGAAAAACUACUCAUCAGACUACCUAAAGAAGGAUGAGCAGAUGUUUGCUUUACGAGAAAGAAAAACGCUGCGAAACAACACUCAAGCAUCGUCAAUCGGCAACACUCCAGACAUUGCGGAUCUGAAGAAUGGUACUGCAGAACCUGCUGAUAUGACUGUUGCUGCCGAAGAAGAUAUUGACCUCAGCGAUGCUAACAAGACUCUUGUGAUACAUCCUGGUUCUAGAACCAUAAAAGUGGGACUAGCUAAAAAUGAGGUUCCGCUUGUUGUUCCCAGUUGUGUUGCAAUCCCAAAAUCAGAAUCGAGCUUUAACACGUCCGAAAUACCGAUAACAGCUGAUCAACCAUCAGAAUUUGAAGAGUUGAAGGCAACAAUACAACAGAGCUUCAAGGAGAGGAUGCGAUAUUAUAAGAGGAAAGUUCCUUAUAAUGCUCGUGAGCAAGUCUUAACCUUCAACAGAGCAUCCAAACCUCAAUUUAUAGAAGAUAAAAAUGAUCCGGAUCCUAAGGAAUGGAUUAAUCGGGCGGAUAGAAGGUAUUAUGGUGUCGAAGCCACCAGAUGCUCGAAAGAAAACUUUACAGUGAGGUACCCUUUCACUAAAGGAGGUUCAUUCAAUGUAUCAUCACCCUAUUACGCUUCUCUGCAAGAUUUAAUGCACGAUGUCAUAAGUUUACUCGAAUAUGCAUUGUCGUCCGAUGGUCUUUCCAUCACUCGAGCACAAUACUCACAAUACAAAGUUGUGUUGGUAGUGCCAGACCUGUUUGAAAAGACACAUGUUGAAAUGUUCAUUAGAACCCUCCUAACUGAGAUGCAAUUCCAAGCCGUGGCUAUCAUACAAGAAUCCCUUGCUACCUGUUAUGGAGCAGGACAGAGCUCUUCAACGUGCGUUGUAAAUAUAGGGACAACACACACAACAAUUGCUUGCAUAGAUGAGGGUUCCGUCCUAGAGAAUAGUCUGAUAUCUUUGAAUUAUGGAGGUGAUGACAUAACGAGGCUUUUUGCCCUUCUACUAAUGCAAAGUGAGUUUCCCUAUAAGAACUGGGAUCUGAACUCUUCCCAUGGCUGGUUAUGCGCUCAGGAGUUGAAGGAAAAGUACAUUACUUUUCAAGAUGCAAAUGUUACGGUUCAACUUUACAACUACAUCAAGAGGAUACCAGGCCAACCAUUAGAACAAUACGAGUUUAAGGUAUUUGACGAAGUAAUGGUGGCCCCAUUGGCUUUGUUUUAUCCUGAAAUAAUAGCGUACUUGCACUCAAAACAAUCUCAAGAAUCAGGAAAUGCUAAACUUGAAGAGCAAUUACCUGCUUCUCGUGAUAUCUUUACGAGUAACUUGAAUGACUGGAGAUCGCUGUCGCAAAACGAAUGCCUAAACGGUGAAUUGUACUGUGGUUCGAAUCAAGACGAGCGAAUGCUCUCCAAACUACUCGAUUUGCAAACGAAUAUAGAAGAAUUGCAAAAUGAAGAUCUCUUGGAGCCAGAUAGGAGAAAGAAUUAUACACCAUUGGAAAAAGCAAUCAUACAGAGUAUAACCAAUGCUAGCAUAUCCUUAGACGUUGCAAAAAUGAUGUCCUUUUAUUCGAACAUUUUAGUUGUCGGAGGAGGUUCCGAAAUUCCAGCCCUGGAUUUUGUAUUGACUGACCGGAUUAGCAUUUGGCGGCCACGACUACUGAGCGUCAGCUCUUUUGCUAAUUUCUUUAAGAAACUAGCGAAGAAAGCAAAAGAUAUAAGAACGGCCGCUAAAUCGGCAAACCCGGAAGAUGAGGACAAAUCGCCACAGAAGAUAAAAGAGAUGAUCAAGGAAGAGCUCGAAGAAUACUGGGAAGGUGCUGAAGCGCAAAACGGUAACGAACAUCUUCUCCCUGUAAAUGUUCUUCCGCCACCGCGUGACAUGGACCCAGCGGUUUUGACUUGGAAAGGUGCCAGCGUUCUUGCUCAAAUUAAGCUUGUAGAGGAACUGUACUUGACAAGUACGGAUUGGGACAUUCAUGGAAGCAGAAUAUUGCAGUACAAAUGUCUGUUUGCCUAUUAA